AUGAGGCCCCUGCUGGUGCUGCUGCUCCUGACCGCCCUGUGCACUGCCCUGGCCCGGGCCCUGCACUGCCACGUGUGCUGUGGCCACGAGAACUGCGAGUCUCUAGUGGAGUGUGCGGUGACCGACAAGUACUGCCUGAUCACGCGGGCCACCAACCCAGGCGGCAUGCUGGUUAUGAAGUCCUGCGCCCCGACCUGCCCCAACAGCACCGUGUCCCCCGACGGCCGCGCCCUCUCCGUCACCUGCUGCCAGAACAGCCAGUGCAACCGCAGCGCAGCCUCAGGCCUGGCCGCCGGCCCCGGGGCCCUCUGGGCCAGCGCCUCCGCCGGCCUGCUGUGGCUGCUGCUCCAGGCCGCGUGCUGGCCAGGUGAGCAGCAGCAGCUUCCCGGCCUCGUGGCCAAGCUGCGCACGCAGCCCGGCACCACCAGGAGCCCCCUGGAUGGCCCUUGCCCUUCUGUUCCCAUCAGCAGCCUCCACACAGUGCCUCACAGGGCCCCGACCCUGCGUGCCCCAUGCAAGGGAGCAGAGGGCCUGGGCCACGGGAGCGCCUGCUGCUCCUCCGCCUGGAGCCUUCGGAGAACCACAGCGGAGGACGCGGGCGCAGGGGAGCUGAGCUAG